AUGUUUCUAAAAGAACGAAUGGCUAGUAUAGAUUAUAACAAUAAAUGCUUGCAUUACGAUAACUCUAGUAUUCCUUUUUCAGAAACAAUUUAUAUUCAUAUUGGUAAACGAUCUGUAUCUCCAUUUUAUAUCAAUAUUACUAAUCCUGAAAAACAAUAUGGAUAUAUACCACGUUAUACACCAGCCGAAAAUGUUUAUUUCGGAGAAGCAAUCAUCACGAACAUUAAAGGCAAAGCUUACUUACCUAUUUUUAAUACCACUGAAUGUGAAUACGAUAUAAAAAUUCCUUCUAUCGAGUUACUAGAUUUUGAUCUUGCGGAUACGCUUGAAGGAUCCACGAUCCGAGACGGUGUCGUUGAAGCCCGAGGGAAUGAAACGACCAACGAUCCUCUUAUCAAAAACUCAACUCUCGAUAUUAAUAAAGAAAAUAAUUCUAAAUAUAUCACUGCAACCUUAGGGCAUACAGUGAUCAAUACAAACUCACUUAAUUCUGAAAAUAAUUAUAUCGCCACAGCCUUAGGGACCUUAGCGAUCUAUAAUAAUUUUAAUUCUUCUAUUGAUAACCCUUUAUAUUAUGAAAGAAAUAAUAAUAAUAUUGCCCCUGUUAAUUUUCUCGACAAGGAAGCCCCCCCUUGCGAUCGCGCAUCUGCUGUCAUGCAGCUUUUACGAUUGGAACAUUUGAACUCCGAGGAGUCAGACAAUGUUAAAUCGUUGAUUAUUAAUCAUUCCGAUAGAUUUCAUCUUCCAGACGACAGUCUUGGAGCCACUAAUGCUACGCAGCAUUCUAUACCCACAACCGACGAAAUUCCUAUCCAUACGAAACAAUACCGAUUUCCCCCUGUCCAUAAAAACGAAAUUAAUAAACAAGUUAAUGAAUUAUUAUUCAAUGACUUAAUCGAAUAUUCUACUUCUCCCUAUAAUUCUCCUGUGUGGAUAGUGCCAAAGAAACCUGAUUCUCAAGGUAAUAAGCGAUGGCGAAUGGUCAUCGAUUAUCGCAGCCUUAACGAAAAAACUAUAGGAGACGCUUAUCCUCUUCCAAAUAUAACUGAUAUUCUCGAUCAAUUAGGAUCUGCCAAAUAUUUUUCUGUCCUCGACUUAGCUUCUGGUUUCCAUCAAAUUCCUAUGGCAUCUAAAGACGCUCCAAAAACCGCAUUUUCAACUCCAUAUGGCCAUUAUCAAUUUAAAAGAAUGCCAUUUGGUCUAAAAAACGCUCCUGCAACCUUUCAACGAUUAAUGGAUAAUGUCCUUUCCGGGCUGCAAGGUAACGAAUUAUUCGUUUAUAUGGAUGAUAUAGUCAUCUAUGCUAGAUCUUUAAAGGAACAUGAACCGGAUAAAUGCGAAUUUCUUCGCCAUGAAGUAGCUUAUCUCGGUCAUAUAAUCGGAGCUGACGGAGUUAAACCUGAUCCUAAUAAAAUAAAAUCAAUAUCCGAAUUUCCUAUACCUAAAAAUGAGAAAAACAUUAAACAAUUUUUGGGAUUAGCAGGUUAUUACAGACGAUUUAUUCCACAAUUUUCUAAGACUGCCAAGCCAUUAACCGAUUUGUUAAAGAAAAACAAUACAUUUAAUUGGCAACAACGUCAAACAGAAGCAUUUAAUAUUUUAAGAAACGCAUUAUGUUCUGAACCGGUACUUCAAUAUCCUGAUUUUACUAAACCCUUUGUUUUAACGACCGAUGCAUCCGGAUAUGCUAUUGGAGGAGUACUCAACCCCUCUUCAAGAUUAUGGAAAUGGAGAACAAAAUUAGCAGAAUACGAAUAUGAAAUACAAUAUAAGAAGGGAAGUUUGAAUAAUAAUGCAGACGCCUUAUCUCGAAACCCACCUAUAAACUGCAUUCUACCCUUAUUUACCGCUAAUCCAGUAGACGAAUCAUCAAACGAAUCAACAUUUUCUUUUGAACGUAGACCUAGAAGGCCUAUCUCAAACAGAGAAAUGUCCUCUUCACCAAUUGAUUUUUCCCCGUAUAAUCAACAAUUAGAAGAUAAUCAAUCCGCAUCUGAACAACCUAAUAUAACAAUAGAAGAAUAUUUUAGCGAUGGCGAUGAAAUGGAUAGAAUAAUUGCAAAUUCAGAUGAAGAUAGUAAUCAAUACGAAGAGAUAAUUGACCUUAACGAUGAACCUCAAAACACAGACCGAAUCAUUAUAACCGAAAACCGCGAUAGCUUAUUGAAACAAUCAGACAAUCACGUAAUUUUUAUUUAUUUAAAUGGAACUCCUUUUGAUAAUGGCGCUAAAGAAUAUCAAGAAGCAAAUUUGUUACCUAAUUAUCAAGAUCUUAUGUAUGAAAGGGCUAAUGUAAAAUCUUUAAAUCACGAUGUAAUAAUGGAAUUACAAUUAACUUCCUUCAGUAUUAGUAAAACUGAUAAUUUCGAUGAUUUACCCUGGCAUUAUAUAAUAGGCCAGAAUCAAGGAUAUUUAAGAGACUUACCAGUCCACAUUACUGUUUGCAAAAACCUUGUCCGAACUCCACCUUUCGAACAACGAGAAGCUCUUAUAAAUGAAAAUCAUUCUUCAGCUCACGGUGGUCAUAAAGACACACCCGGUUCUGCAUUUGAUAAAAUUUCUCUUGAUAUAGUAGGCCCUCUUCCAAUCACAAAUACCGGUAACCAAUAUAUUUUGACUAUGCAAGAUUUAUUAACUAAAUAUUCAGUAGCCGUACCAUUAAGAGAAGCAACUUCUUUAGCCAUAGCCGAUGCUCUUACUAAAAAUUUUAUUUGUAUUUAUGACACUCUCAAAGCUAUUCUUACUGAUCAAGGAACUAAUUUCCUCUCCGCCUUAAUGCGUAACUUAACAAAAAAGUUUAAUAUCCAACAUUUUAAAACUACUUAUCAUCCACAAUUCAACGGUUCAAUUGAGAGAUCACAUCACGUACUAACCGAAUAUCUAAAAACCCAAGUCGAAAAAGAAAAGGAAUGGGAUAAUUAUAUUAAUAUGGCAAUGUUCUCAUAUAAUACCAGCGUUCACGAAGGUACUAAAUUUUCACCAUUUGAAUUAAUUUUUGGUCGUAUAGCACGAUUACCCUCCGCUCACACACCAAUAGACGAGAAUCUAGAGAUAACUUAUCAACAAUAUUUAACUGAUUUAUUUAAUAAAAUUAACGAUAUACAGGAAGAAGCACGUAAAAAUCUUAUAGCAGCAAAAGAAAAAAAUGCGUUGGCAUCGCCAACGAAUUAUUUUAUUAUUAUUUCAGGACAAAAGCAUCAUUCCUCUUUAACCGCACACCAUCAUCUGUGCUUAUUGUGCUAA